ACCUCUUUAUCCCCGAACCACCAACAUGACGACUCGUGAAGGGAUCAAUCCCUUGCGGCCUUAUUACAUUCCCCCGUCUGGGCUGUCGCCAGCUUCAAAUGCUCCGCCCGAAGUGACAUCGCCGUCAUCGGCUCAGGUGUUCGGCAGCACGGCGCGCGACCUCAUCCAUGACUUGGACUAUGCCGAUUAUUUGGACGCCUCGCCAUCGGUGUCCGACUGGGUUCGCGAUACCUUGAACCGGGCCUUGGUGCGCUACACUAAGGUUCUGACUGCCCAACCGUUUGAUGUCGCCAAAACCAUUUUGCAGGUGUAUGUCGUGCCCGACGCCGCUGAUGAGCAGUGGGACCGGAAAUCGACGCCGGGAGCUAGCGGUAGCUCUUAUGACUCGGAGUCUGAAUCAUCCGAUGACGAGAGCAGUUACUUCACUUCAGCAGCCCCUCCAACACCGACGCCAAGUACACCACGGUCUCGCAAACCAAGACAUCAUAUUACCGACCGUAGUGGCUAUAUCCGACCCGAGUCUGCGGCAAAGCCUGCACAUGCGUUGGCUCUCAAGAACUCGAAUUCCCUGACCGAAGUUCUCUCCCAAUUAUGGUCCACCAGCGGUCCCUCUUCCCCCUGGAAGGCCUCCAAUGCUACAUUUAUUUACUCUCUUCUCCUACCGACCUUGAACACCUUCAUUCGCAGUCUUCUGUCGGCAAUCGUCGGUUUGCCUGAGGAGGACAUUUCCUCGUCGAUGACAGCCGACAUUCUGACCGCAUCCUCUCCCCUAGUGACGCUGCUUCUAUCGUUCAUUUCAUCGUCACUUUCUGCUAUCAUUCUAGCUCCUAUCGACACCGCUCGCACAUUCCUGAUUCUCACCCCAGCCACCCAUGGCCCGCGGUCCCUCGUCCGAGCUAUUCGCCAGCUCCCCACGCCCAAUAGUACAAUCCCCUCGCACCUCGUUCCUAUCACAGUCCUGCACUCAAGUCUCCCCAACUUCAUCAUGACCUCGACCCCGCUCUUCCUCAAAUCUUACCUUUCAAUUGACCCCCUCCUCAACCCGACCAUAUGGAACCUUUGCACAUUCCUCGGCUCCGGUCUCGAACUUGCCGUUCGGUUCCCACUUGAGACGGUGCUCCGUCGCGCACAGAUCGCCACAUAUACCUCCCUGAGCCUGCGCCAGAAGUCGUCCGGUGGCAGCAUCCGCGCGGCAUCUAUUGAUGCCUCCGACGUUGAAACCAUUGUCCCCACUCCGCGCACCUACCGCGGCAUCAUUGGUACAAUGUGGCACGUCGUUUAUGAGGAGGGCGUGAGCUCCACACCAUCCGACACAGAGCGUGCUCAAACCCUUCUCGGCCAGCCAUCCUCCCAGCAACAUCUCAAGAAGCGGAAGCAGGGCCAGGGUAUCCAAGGCCUAUACCGCGGCUGGCGCAUUGGAAUGUGGGGUAUCGCGGGCAUCUGGGGUGCCACUCUACUCGGCGGAGUAGCCGGUGGCCCAGAAGACGAAGUGACAACAAGGGGCGGCCACGGCCGAUCCAGCGGCGGACGCUUCUAAUCGAAACAGGGACCUUCAAUUUGAAGCCAAGCCCACCCUCAAUCCAUUAAUCCAUCGAGACACCAAGUCUCUUGUGCCUUUCGAUCGAUCUAACAUUCCACUUCCCUUCCCAGCUGAGAAAGCCCGAGAUUGGUAACCAAAGCAUUUCUCAUCGUCUUGUGCAUCUUCGUUCUCCACCUCUCCUCUCUAUCCUCCUCCCUCUGUUUACAUCUUAUACCCCGGGAAUGGAAUCCAGGGGACAGAGGCGAUUGGCGUCUUGUUUUGCUUUUUUUUGGUGCUCUCUUCACUGAAGCCCGUGUAUAAACUCUCCACACACCCCUACCACAUAGCUAUGUAACGAGAUACGGUCACAGCGAGAUCUGGUUCUCCGCUUGCUUGG